AAGCCCAUAGGCGGUAAACGACUGGUCAGAAGCUAUAGACACAGGCAACGAGGUAGACGUGAUUUACUUAGACUUUGCGAAAGCCUUUGACCGUAUCCCCCAUUGUCAAUUGUUGGAUAGACUUAUUAAUUUGAAAAUCCACAAAAAUCUUAUCAAUUGGAUAACUGCCUUCCUAACGAAUCGAGUCUUUCAAGUUAAAGUAGGCGAUUCAUUGUCUAGCUUCAAAAGAGCAGAUUGUGGAGUCCCGCAAGGGGCUGUCUUAUCACCAUUACUUUUUGGUAUAUUUGUGAACGAAAUUCCUAACAUUUUGCCGCCCACUAUCAAAUGCAAGCAAUUUGCAGAUGAUUUGAAACUUUACACUGUUAUACCAAGUAACUCAAACAAUAACGUUCACUUACAAAAAGCCAUUGAAACAAUUGUAGAGUGGUCUAAAUUGACAAAACUAGCAUUAAACAAUGAUAAAACGGUAUGCAUAUCACUAGGUAGAAAUACUACAGAGUAUACCAUAGAAAAAUAUACCAUAGAAAAUAGUCUAAUUGCACGGAGUACUGAUAAGAUCUAGGAUUUCAAAUUGAACCAAACCUUAGCUUUUCAAUGCAUUGGAAAAAAUCAGUAAUGAAAUCUAAGUUUAUGAUCCAUCAAAUAUUUUCGAACUAUUGUAGUAAGAACACAAGGCUCCAUACAUUACUUUACAAAACUUUUGUGAGACCCAUACUUGAAUAUGGUACCGAAGUAAAUAGUCCGUUGAAAAAACAAGAUAUUAAAGCAAUUGAAUCCGUACAAAACUCGUUCACUAGGAAACUAUACAGCAGGCAAAAGGGAAAAUACAUCAGAACAGAUGACCCCGACUAUAAGAGCGCUACUCAACGUAAUGAACUAUUUAACUUAUCAACUUUAGAGACUCGGCGUAAAGCUAUUGAUAAAGUUUUCUUGUCGAAAAUGCUAGUGAACAAAGUUGAUAUUGACUCUGACCAAUUUUUCAAAAUAGACAAAAAUAGUAAAACUCGUACCAAAACCAAGUUCAUCUGGGGGAAAUGCAAAACCAAACUACGAAGGCACUUUUUCACAAAUAGAGUAUUAAGUUCUAUAAAAAAUUAGCGCAAUGAAUCUUAUUUUGGCACCUCAUGUCCUAUGCAUGUUUAAUACUUUUAUGUCCACUACUUUCAUGUUACCCAUUAUUCAUCUCCCUGACACCCGCACAUUCAUGUACCAACUAAUCAACUUUUCAGAUGAUAAUUCAUUUUCUGUAUGUUUAUUAUCAAUUUUUGUGAUUAUUAUCAAUCUCUCUAUGAUGUUUUGA